UUAACUAUUUUUACGUUGCGUCACUCCGUAUCUACUAUAUAUAUUCGCGCUUCGACUGCUAGUCGGGUACGAAAAUGAAAUAAAUUUCCAAGAAUACUCAAUAGUUAGUUAAAGUUCAAAUUUGUUAAAAAAUUAUGCUGAAAACAGUUUCAUUAUUGAUAUUUAUCUCGUCGGGAUGGUUGGAAGUGUCGUUCUCUACACAAGAAGCUGUUCCAGUAUCGUGUGGAUAUUCCGAAAUUACAUCUAAUAUAAAUAGCCGAAUUGUUAAUGGCACUGAAGCAGUUCGAGGAAGGUGGCCGUGGCAAGCUAUGAUAUUACGACGUGAAGCUUCCAACCGAUGGUUUCGUCAUAUUUGUGGAGGGACUCUUAUUGCAAAGCAAUGGGUCGUUACAGCUGCUCAUUGCAAUAUAAGAUACCCACCCUCUGAGUUUCAUGUCUCGUUGGGAAGAAUUUACCUAUCCGACGAUAGAAAUGAAUCAUCGAAAAUUACCCUUGCGGUUAUGUCUGUACAUCGUCAUCCAGCAUACCAUAGGUGGGCGAAUGCUCACGACAUCGCAUUGUUCAGAUUGGCGCACGAGUUAACUUUCAACGAAUACCUCAAACCAGCCUGCUUACCAACGCCAUCUACUGAGUUGAAGAGUGGACAGAUUUGUACAGUAACAGGAUGGGGAGAAACGAAAGGAACGGGAAGCAGAGGUAUAUUAAGAGAAGCUUCAGUUUCAAUCAUUGACAGAGAUUCUUGCGUUUCCUGGUACCAAGAAGAAUUAAUUUCCAUUCCAGAGAAUCAUACAUGUGCAGGACACGAAGAGGGGUUGAUUGAUUCAUGUCAAGGCGACAGCGGAGGCCCACUUGUAUGUUCGGAAAUCGAUCAACGUCUGAACAAACAUGCAUUUGUACUUCGAGGAGUAACCAGCUUUGGAUCCGGAUGUGCUCGAAGACAGCGGCCCGGAGUUUAUACCACCGUAUCAAAAUACGUUGGAUGGAUAAAGGCUACACUUGCGGACCAUUCAACUUUUCCUGAUGAAUGUACUACAGCAAGAACAUCGCACAUUAAUUCAGGUGGUUUAGUAACGGGAAAUGGAACAAUAAUCAGACCUCCAAUAAACCCGUUGUCCGGUUUUUACCAAUCAAAUACGGACAUUACUUGGGAUAUAGCGGCGCCACCUGAUAAGCACAUCAUUUUGGAAUUCAUUUGCCUUUUUAAUUUGCAAGGAAGUUUGGGCUCUUGUAACGAUUAUGUUAACAUAUCCUCCAAAUUAAUUGGACAUGAAGAAAUUUUCUGUGGAAUGAGUACACCUUCUCCAAUCACGAUAAAGCAUCAUAUCACGAGCAUUCAAUUUCAUUCUGAUUCCAGCAAGGAAAGCUUUGGGUUCGUAUUACGGGUGACAUUUUCCAGGAAAGAAACUUCGACGCCAACCACCGCAUAUCAUUCAUCAACUGUUCCAAUGAAACAUAUAACUCCUGCACAACAACCUGAUUCAACAAUUGGCGUAGAGACAACUGUGCGUUUAGCAACUACGCAUUCAUUAUCAGGAAAUGGAAACAACAUAAAUUCUACAAAACCGACGCUCAUUUUAACGACGAAUACUAGCGAAGCAACAGAAACAACCACUGAUCAAUUGUUCACCACAUAUACUCGGGAGAAUCUUACCAACCAUCCCACUACAGAUGCAAAACCUACUACCUUAUCCGCUGCAACUAAUUUUAAUGAUGAUACAACAAAAAUAUAUUUGAUAUACAACACCACAAAAAUAAUUAUUCCGUCAAUUGUUUAUGGGAAUACAACAGUGACUGGUAGAAAUGAGGAAACUACAAAGUAUAUCAUCCCAAAAAGGGUCACAGUGCCUUUUACCGAGCCAGCAACAACAACUAGUUCUUCAAAACCUUUUACUUUCAACCAAAACGUUUUACUUUCGACUUUCACCUUGCAUGGAAUCAUGUUACAUGCCACUGCAUGGUUUCAUUUCUUUUAAAUCAACGAAUAUUUUAUAUGUUUAUAAUGUUUUUGACAUCAGGCAACGCCGGUGAAACAAUGAGCAAUUGUGUGAACUUAUGUGUACUUUUUAAUGAUGCGUUUGUGAAGAUAUAAUUAAAAUAUUUGAAAAAUGGAAAAUAUAUUUCAUCACACAUACACUUGAAGUCAUGACACAACCGCACCUAUAUAUAGCUUCGCAUUUUAGUGUUUAUUAUUUCUCAGAAUAAGUUUUAAAAAGGUUCUCUGAUAUAUAGUAACAUUGUCUACUCAUAUUGUCGGAAAAAUCGCAAGUUUCCAUAUUCUCAGAUUGUCAUGCAUGACGAUGCUCUUGUUUGAAUGAAUUUAGAAAAAUACCUGGCCAGUUCCUAUGCAUAAGACGCAAUUGCCGGAGGCAAGGAUUUGUUGACAGCCGUAGCAGAUCAAGGUAAUGAAAAAUGCUGCUCAACUAUAGUUGAUGUAAAUUUAAAUAUACUGAAAUAGCUAUAACGCACAAGUUAUAUAUAAGAUAUCGGUGUAUCUAUACUGCAAUGAUAUAAAAUCAAUUAAAUGGUUAUUGUGUCUGAAAUAUAGCCUACUUAUCGCCAUUCUGUCUGCACCUGAUCACUAGCGUUUCAACGAAAACUAGAGUAAAACAAAUGCUGCAGCGAACCCAAUAGGCUUGAAGAAUUAUGUUUCAGUUAUUCUAAUUCAACAUUGCUGUCACACAAAUCUUUUAUUUUACUAGCUUAAUGGUGAAAAUGACUGCAGUAAAGAUGAAAACAGUAAAACGAAAAAAUGAUAGCAAUUAAAAUUUCAACAACAGUAUCACUGUGGAUUCUUUUUGAGGUAUAUUGUAAAUUUUGCAAUACUUUUUGAAUCUGACUACCAAAUGCCAUGAUCAAUUGUUAUGUACAUAUGCUCUAUUUAGGGCUGGGCAAUAUAAUACAUACUUACACAAGAGGAUAUUUUUGUUUGAAAUUUGUAUAAAAAUACAAAUAGAGCAUUAUUAGUGACUCGCGGUGAUUUCUGGCCAAUACAAUUUUCAAAU